AUGGCUGCGUCACUAGCUAAGGAGAACUCGAAUUUUCCUGGAACCGCAACAUCAUUUCGAAACUCCGUUUCACAAAAUCUUGAUUCUCAGUUUCCAGCAGAGUCAGGAAGAUACCAUCUAUACAUCUCUUACGCUUGUCCAUGGGCUUCUAGAUGUCUCGCAAUCUUGAUACUCAAAGGACUCGACAAAGCCAUAACCUUCUCGUCUGUUCAACCACUAUGGAGAAAAACCAAAGAAAACGAAGAGCAUAUAGGAUGGGUUUUUCCAGAUUCAGAUACAGAGGUUCUUGAUGCCGAGAGAGACCAUCUUAAUGGUGCCAAAACCAUAAGAGAGCUUUAUGAUAUCGCCAGCUUGAACUAUACAGGCAAAUACACUGUUCCUGUCCUUUGGGAUAAGAAGCUUAAGACUAUAGUCAACAACGAGAGCUCUGAGAUACUUAAAAUGUUCAAUACCGAGUUCAAUCAUGUCGCGGAAAAUCCUUCUUUCGAUCUUUAUCAUCCCAACCUCCGAACCAUAAUCGAUGAGACUAAUGAAUGGAUUCACGAUGGGAUAAGCAAUGGUGUUUAUGAAUGCGGUUUUGCAAAAACUCAAGCAGCAUAUGAUGUGGCAGUGAAGAAACUGUUUGAUGCGUUGGACAAAUGCGAAGAAAUACUCGGAAGACAACGGUUUCUUUGCGGAAACACUUUGACUGAAUCAGAUAUCAGAUUAUUCGUCACUCUCAUAAGAUUUGACGAGGCUUACGCGGUGAUAUUCAAAUGCGAUAAGAGACUUGUAAGGGAGUAUUGGAAUCUGUUUAACUACACGAAAGAUAUCUACCAAAUCAAGGGGUUGAGCAGUACAGUGAAGAUGGAUCAUAUAAAGCAAAAUUACUAUGGAAGCUUUCCUUCUAUAAACCCUCUGGGGAUUGUAGCUCAUGGACCAAACAUUGAUUACUCUUUGCCUCAUGACCGACACAGAUUCUCCACGGAAACAGCAUGA